GAGAGAAAAGGUGGAGGGGUUCUGUCACACGGGGUGGCGAAGCAGCUCUCCCUCACUGCGUAGAUAGCAAUUAGCAACUCCUCAGCGGGUCUCCUUUUUACUAACCCUUUUCGGCAUUCGGGCCCAUCAGUAUCGCCGUCAAUGAGUAUCCCCUUGAUGGCGAUGGCGAUGGCGCUGGAGAGUGGCGGUGAGAAGAAGAGAGGCGACCGGCCAGGAUCCGUGUGGUUUAAGCCCGGGGACCUGGUGGAGGUCCGCAGCGACGACGACGGCUUCCUCGGCGCGUGGUACGAGGCCACUGCGGCCUUCAGCCUCCCCCAGCACCGCGUCCAGAUCGUCUACUCCACCAUCGUCGACAACGACGACCCCUCCCUUCCUCUCCGCGAGAUCGUCCUCGUCUCCCAACUCCGUCCCCGACCACCGCCGCCGCCCCCUUCCCGCUGCCAGCACGGCCUCCACGAUCUCGUCGAGGCCUUCCACCAAGACGGCUGGUGGGCCGGCGUCAUUUCCGCCGUCCUCCAAACCACCGGCCGAUACAUCGUCGCCUUCCCUACGAGCCGGGAGGAGCUGGAGUUCGACGCGUCCGAUAUCCGAUCCCACUUGGAGUGGACCGAUCGCCAUUGGGUCCCCUUCGGCGAUGUGAGAGUUGAAGAAGUGGAGUUCGCUGCCGGAGCUCGGAUUGAAGUCAGCCGUAACCUAGAAAUCGGUGUCUCGGCAUGGUUUUCUGCUAGUGUCAAGCAAGUGUUCAGCAUCAGUACCUAUUUGAUAGAGUACGGGAGUCUGACCUCGGCGACAACCGGCGAGCUUCUGACUGAGUUUGUCGACGUUCAAUACAUGAGGCCGUGCCAGCUAAAUGCAAUAUUGGUGAAGGAUUUUGCCCCUCGUGAUGAGGUAGAAGUGCCUCUCCAUGGUGGGUGGGUGCUGGGAGAGAUUUCAGAUGUUCUCAAAGGAUCUCGCUGCAUUGUCAAAGUCAGGGACAGUAGGUCGGAGAUGGUGUUUGAUUUUCAUCAACUUAGGCAUUCUCAAUGUUGGGAUGGCCAGCGGUGGGUUUUCACGUUUCAGCAAAACACUAGAAAAUCACAAGGCCGUUCUGUUUCUGGCAACCAAAAUCCACGAAGUCAAAAAAGAUACAGUCGUCUUAGUUCAUCAACCACUUCUAAAGGUGAAGGUGAGGCCUCUUCUGAACCUGGGGGGUUUAAGUUGAAUCUGAAGCGUAAGAAAACAAAUGUACUUUCUGGGCCUUCACAAAAUUCCAAAAAGUUAAAGAAAGAUAAGUCACCGUACAAUCAUGUGAGGCCACAAUGCGAAUUAAUGCCUGAAUGCCCUUCAACUCCACAGUCUGACAUCGGCAUUUGUUCUUCAGUGCAAGAGACUAGAAAAUCACAAGGCAGUUCUGUUUCUGUUAUACGAAAUCGAGGUCAGAAAAGAUGCAGUCUUCUUAGUUCACUGCCCCCUUCUAAAUGUGAAGGUGAAGUUACAUCUGAACUCGGGGGACUCAAGUUGAAUCUGAAGCACAAGAAAGCAAAUUUACAGUCUGGGCCUUCACAAGGUUCCAAAAAGUUCAAGAAAGCCAAGUCACAAUACAAUCAUGUGAUGCCACAACAUCAAUUAAUACCUCAAGGCCCUUCAACUCCAAUGUUUGUGAUAGAUAGUUGUUCUUCAAUGCCACUGAUGGAUCCUAGCUCCUCUACUAUAAGCCCAUCUUCUAGGGGAACUAUUACUGAACCUGAUGCAUCGAUAAGGGAUGUACCUGGAUUAUCUAUCGAGGAGGAAGGUCUUGCAAAUGCCAACCAUCAGCUAUCAAAGCAUCAGCCAGAUGUAACUGAAGUUGAUGGCACACCUAUGGGUUAUGAAGCUAAUGAUCAUCCCCAUAAUCUAGAAUGGACGAACUACAAUUUGGAUUAUGCUUUGACUACAAAAGUUGAGAAGAAAAGAACUAAGGUGGUCGCUAAAUCUAAAAAACUGCAAAAGAAUCUCAGUAAUGAUGGUGUGCUACAGCAAUUACAAGAUGGGGGCAGCAAAAUAUUAAGAGAAGAACAGAUGAGUAUAUCAUUCAGCCACUUGCAUGUGCCUGUGAGAAUGAAGAUUAACAAUAUCAAGAAAUUAGAUACCGAUCAAGUCAUAUUGAGCAAUUAUAGUGGAGCUAAUGAUGAGUUAUCGGGUCAAGAUUUAUACAGUAUGGCAGCUCAACCUAUUCCGCAGCAGAAUAAACUUAUAUUGUAUCAAGGGUCCCCAUCAAGUGCUGAUAUAGAAGCUGACAUUCAAAGUCAGAUUGCCCCAUCAGUUCUUGUGGAAACUUGCACUGAAAUUGCUCAUAAUCAUGCUCAGUCAAAGGCAGUUGCUCUCGAGGGUGAUGCUGCUCUCAUGGAUCACUCUGGUGGGCCACCAUUGAAAGACAUGGCAUUGCCAUUCUCAAAGACUUCCUGGCUGUGGAAACAAAUAGAAUCAAUGGAAAUAUUCCAGGUUAUGCCACAACAGCCACAUUUUUGCCUUCUGGAGCAGUACACUAUGGACCUUCGAGAAGGGAUGGCCAUAGGUCUUAUGGUAUCUUUUGCAAACUUGGUCACUAAUAUACAGAAGUUACAUAUUGAUAGAGAUGAAGUAUCUCUGGAUGCAAAGUUGGAGGAUCUUUAUCAGUUUGUAAGUAAUGGAUUCAGUGUUGAUUUUGUAUGUGCUCGCCUCGAGAAAUUGCGAGAGCUUCAAAUAUAUCAUAAGGGGUGUUUGACUAGAAAAGCAGAACUGGAAGGAAAAAUUAUUGCAAAAAUGGACGAUAAGAGUAUGAUAGACUCUCAAUUUAUGGACCUUGAUAGAUCUAUCAAGAAUCUGAGAGAGUACCUUGAUUGCUUCCAAGAGAGAGAAGAUUCAGCUAUGAAUCAAAUAAACAGGUACGAGUCCGAUAUUGCCAAAUUGAAAAUGGACCUGAAUGAAGUUGAAGAAUCAAAAGUGGCUGCUGAGUUGAAAUUCUCCAAUAUUUCGUCUUCUCCAUGGUGAAUGGUCAGUGCUGAAGUUUAUUAUGGGUCUUAUAUGAUCUUAGGUCUUAGGAUGUCUCAUGAAAUAUUGUUCUGUCUCAUGAAAUAUUAUGUAGUUAUGAACUAUUUUGUUUUUGAGUAUGUAUGUGACGAAAUGCUGGUGUCAGCCAUGUCAUAUUUUGGUCAUGUUAUGGUAAAGGGGAGUCUUGGGGUAACCGGAAAGUUUUUGCCGUAUCAUUCGGAGGUCACGGGAUUCUUACAAUAUAAGAUUUGUGUACGUUCAAUUUUUUUUUGGGACUUCGUAAUAGCAGGAGCUUUGUUCUACCUCCA